UUGGGGGUCCCUUCCAGAACCAGGCUUUGAACCAGGGCUUGGAUGCGCCACCUUUGCUUUUUGUGUCUAGGGUCACCUGUAGUUGUUCAAAUGGAUCGCACAAGCUUUGUUCAUUUGCGGCCAGGGCUGCAGUAACAACCUGUGUCCAGAUGUCCCUAAGGAGGAUGUGCAGUUUAAACUCUGACAGCUUAAAAAACCCUGGGAGUGCUGCAUCGCUAAGGUGCGCUGGCAGCGGCUGUCACAACGCCAUGUGCCUGUGUUGAAGCCAGCGUGUCUGCUGUGCUUCUGUAUCCUGAUGGGUUGGGCCUCAGUGGGCCCUGAGAUGCUAUUUUUGCUAUUGGCAGCUGUUGGGUAGAUUCAGGCUCUGUUACACGUUACAUGUAUUGCGUGAUUCACUGGUUAAUUGUACGAUACAUUUAGAGCAGCCACAAGUGUAAAGUAAUUAUCACACCAUGAGUUGGUGAAUCACACACUAAAUGUAAACUGGCUCCAUGUCAUUAUCAUGCAAUAACAAUGACUCUCCUGGUAUGAAAAGAGCCAACCAGUUACCAAAUUAGUACUUGCAAAUGUGUAACAACUCUAUAGCUGGCUUCUGGCCAGUUUUAAUUUGAAGAGGUGGCAGGGCCCUCGUACAUCUAUUGUCAGAAACCUGAUUAAAUAGUUGCUUAGUUAAAAUUUUAAUUCGUCUUUUAUAAACGCAAGUUAUACGCUAUCAUACGUCCAGGCUUUUAUUAUUAUUAUUUAUAGUGUCUUGUUCUGAAAAGUGAGAGACUAACGACUGAUUGAGCCAGCAUUUAAUCUCCUGAGGAAAUUCUGCUGUCGUUUAUGAUCAGUCUUAAGCAACGAAUGUGAUCAAUGCUGUAUAACUUACAAGAUUUUGAAAUUAAAACGAACACUUUAAAUUGCAAAUAUUUUUGAGCCACAGAGAUGUAGGUUGAUGAGAAAGGAAGAAGACUUCAUUCAGCGCUGUAUAGUAUCUUAACAAUCGCGAUUAAAAAAAAAAAAAGCAUUAGAAAACCAACCACCCAGUGCUGUUUGGGAGGAAGGAGCGGGGAAGGUGACCAGUGGAAGAGGACAAUCAUCAGCGGUCUUUUCGCAUCAUGUUCCAUUGCCUCACCAACACUUGUCAUAGGCAAACAGCAGAGAGGAGCAGGCUGCAUCUGUGUGCUGAAGACGUGAGCAGUCGGUUACAGUGACCGCGGCGCCCGGUGCCAGCGCGGGGAGGGGGCGGGCGGGGUCCCGUCCUGUCCCGUCCCGGGCUGCCAUGGCCAAAGGCAAGACCAUGCCCAGACCCCGCGCCGGCAGCGGGGAGGCGGCGGCGGCGGACGGCGCGGAGCGGAGGGGCGGCGGCCGGCCCAGGAUGAACGGGGAGAACGUAUUUAUUGGUCAGUCCAAAAUCUACACCUACCUGAAUCCUAACAAAUCUCCAGGUGCUCGUCCUCCACUUCAGGAAGAAAACUGUGUCAUGCAUCACGAAGUGAAGUGUCAGGGCAAAACAAUAAAUGAAACGUGCAGAAAAGGAGAUGAAAAAAGAAAUGCUGGUAAUCCAAUAGAAGGUGCUACAAAACCAGAAGACCAGAAAGAUAAAGAAAGUGGGUGUGAUUCUUCAGCAUCUGUUCCUAAUCAAAAUCAAGAAGCUGCAGAAACUCGAAAGAAUAUGCCUCUACCUUCUAAUAGUACUGAUGCAGCAAAAGCAAAGCAAGCUCAGAAGAAGGUGGUUAAAGCAAAAGGACCAAGGAGAAAAGCACAAGGAAAAACCUCCCAGAAUCGAAAAGUGACAGAUUAUUAUCCUGUUAGAAGAAGUUCCAGGAAGAGUAAAACUGAACUACAGACUGAGGAAAAGAAGAGAAUAGAUGAACUAAUUACAAAUGGGAAAGAAGAAGGAAUGAAGAUAGAUUUCAUUGAUGGUAAAGGGCGAGGGGUAAUCGCUACCAAACGUUUUAAUCGUGGAGAAUUUGUAGUAGAAUAUCAUGGGGAUCUCAUAGAGAUCACUGAUGCUAAAAAGCGAGAGGCUGUCUAUGCACAGGAUCCAUCCACAGGCUGCUACAUGUACUAUUUUCAGUACCUCAGCAAAACGUACUGUGUUGAUGCUACAAAAGAGACUAAUCGUCUGGGAAGGUUGAUCAAUCACAGCAAAUGUGGCAACUGUCAAACAAAACUUCAUGACAUUGAUGGUGUACCUCAUCUCAUACUGAUAGCUUCACGGGACAUUAAAGUGGGUGAAGAACUGUUGUAUGAUUAUGGAGACAGGAGCAAGGCUUCCAUUGAAGCUCAUCCAUGGCUGAAACACUAAUUCAUCCUUCUUUGGCUUGACUGCUCUUGAAGGGAGUGGAUGGAUUUUUUUUCAGCUCUCCUAGUGGAUUGCUUCUGAUGUCUUAACUUCUUUAAAAACCAUUUUUGCUCUAUAGCAUUUAAAUGUUACAAGUUUUCCAGGCAAGCUUGAACACGUGACCCAAGAUGACAAAACUUGCGUUGUAAAGAAACCUGAACACUUCUUUGCAUCUAGAGUGACCUGUGCUGCAUGAGCAUGUAGUCAGACUUCUGCAGUUUAAAGGAAACUUUAAUCUCUUGGGUUGUGCUUCUGCUUUUGGCUCUGAAGUUUCAUGCCUUUUUUUUUUUUUUAGGAAGAGAGAUCUACGCAGUGUCAGCUUUUAUGACAACAGAUGUGUCCCUGUUCUUUGACUCUGGUGUCCAAUAACUUGACUACCUGUAAGACUCUUUAAAACCUAGUGCCGACGGGCCAAGGAUGCCAGUGUGGCAGAUUGCUGUUCUGUCAUUUUGGCUUUUCCAGCAAGGGUACCUCUCAUUGAGGACAAAAUUUCUAAAUGCACUGGCACUAGAGGAAUGAAUAGCUAACCUAGCUACUCUCUCCAGAGAGGCAACUUUAAUCUGUGUGUUGCUGAUCUUGUACAUGGGUGGCUGAUGAUUAGAAAUGUGAAAGGAAAGCUUAAAAGUGAUUUACUAUGAGGACUUUUUUUUUAUUUUAUUUUUUUUUAAGUUAGGGUGUUCUAAAGUUUCUGAGAUGGUACCUUUUCUGUGGCUGAUCUGGAGGGGGUGCUGAAAGGUUUUUAAAGAAACAAAAAAGACUAAAGAACACCUUUCCCAAAUGUAUUGCCUAACAAUGUUGUUUAGCCAUGUUGAGACUAUUUAUUUACUGUGAAUGCUGGAAAUUAGGGAAUAAAGGGUUCAAAAUACGUAUGCUCUUCUUCAUGUGCAGCUUCAAUCAAUAGGGGAGAAGUUCUACAUGAAGAAGUAGAUUCCUUAGAGCCUAGUCCUGCCAGCUCUUGAUCACUGUCUAGUCCCACUUUGGAAGUUGAGGAUGCUUAGCAUCUAGCAGAUUGUGCUCAGAGCAUUAUACGUUUGGGCUUAUUAUAGUUUGGGUUCUCCAGUGGUAUAGGAGGGCUAUGCAGUAGAGGCCCUUACAAUAAAGGUGAACUCGUCAAUUGGAAUUUUUGCCAAGAUGUGCUUGGCAUGUACAUAGCUGAUGAUGGCCCUGGGCUAUCGGCCACAUUUGCUGCUAGAUGUCAGCAAGAGCUUCUGUGGCUCUAUUAAUGUCCUCUGCUCCCCCAUGUCUCCAAGGCUGCUGCUCCUGCUGGCAUCAUCCAGGACAGUUGUGUAUGCUUGCCUAUGUGAUAGGCUGUAGAGUAACACCACCCUGGCUGUGCAUUUCAGCAGCAAAAGGUGGCUUGGUAAUGUAUUUUAAGAGUGAAACUUGAAGAAAAUAUCUAAAAUAAAAAAGAUAUUUAUUAACAAUGAAAUUAUUGCUGUAGUACCUGCCUCUUUCUGAACAGUUUCUUAAGCAGGCUGUGAAAAUGGUCUAGUUCUUAAUACCUUGUACUAUCCAUCCUUCUUUCCAACGCAUGCUUAGCAAGGAGGCUGUGUGUGCUCACAGUUAGCUUGACCACUGUUUAAGCAGAGUAGAACUGGUGUUCAAGUGAAGCCACUUUGCAGAGGCAGCACUACGCUUUCUCAUUUUCUGUAAAGAAAAUCCAAUUACUGGUGUAGCUCCCGCUUCAGAGACCUUCCACUUACAGCAGACUUCAGCAAGUAGGCACACUCUGAGAAGCACACCUCCAUGCUAGUCUUUAUUUUGCCACUGGCUUAUUCUAAUCUUGUUAUAUUGCUCUUCACUUCUCUGUUCCUUGUUUUAUGAAAGGGGGAUUCUGGUACUGACCUACUUACCUUUUCUUAUUAAAAUGCUUUUUCAGUUUGUGGUUGGUAGAGUUCUACAGGCACUUGGGUGGUAUAGCUGUGCAACAUGGAAAUAAAGCUAAUAUGACACUG